AUGAAGCUCAUAGUCACCUUCACCCUUGUCCUACUGGCUCUCUGCUGCAGCUCUGCUUCUGCAGAGACCUGCCCUGAAUUUUUUCAUAUCAUGGAAACCCUCUUCUUGGGCACACUCUCCAGUUACGAGAGUUCAGUGGAACCAUUCAACCCUGAUCCGGACAUGAAAGAGGCAGGAAUCCAGAUGAAGAAGCUGCUGGACACCCUCCCMGUGGGGAUCAAAAUGAAUGUCCUGAAGCUCUCAGACAAAAUAUUAAAAAGUCCACGAUGUGCUGGGGUUUAG